AUGCACCUCUACAGUCUUGCCUGGCGCUUCAACUUCGCUGCCUUCGCAAACUUAAUCUGUUCCUCAGUUAUUCCCUCGUCCAACAAGCGCUUGCAUCCUGAUGAUACCUUCGUCAACAUCGAAGACAACAAAUCUGUCGACAAAGACCAUGACUCGGUCCGCGAGGAUGCUCGUACAAACCCUAAGCCUCGUAGAAAGAAACAGAAGGCCCCAGAGAAGUCCCCCGAGUUGGUUGACGGAGAUGGGGUCUUCAUCGACAUCGAUGUCUCAAUCGCGGACCCAGGAUCAUCUCGGGAAGGCAAAACUGCCGAUAUCAACACAUUCUUUGGAGCGACGUUUGAGCAAACUGGGGCCAAUGGCAAAGUGAAGAAACACCGAAAGUGUAGUGUUUGUCCGUAA